GUCAAAAACACCUAACCUAAAAUAUUACGAAUCACAAUAUCACAAUGUUUUGGUAAACAUUUAAUGAAAUAUUGCGUUAUUUGAGUUAUUUAAACAGAAAUUAUGGCCAAACAGUACGGUUUAAGCUUCCCCAAAAAGAACAUCGGACACCAAAUCGGUCAAGUAUCCACUGCGAAACCAUCGAUAUUCGACGAAGACUCCGAUCAGGAGGAACAAGUGGCUCGACCUACUGGCAUUAGCGUCAUUAAAAGACAAGACUUAAUAAAUCAAGAGAAAGCCGUGGCUGAUGAUCCCACUGUUUACCAAUACGAUGAAGUCUACGAAGAAAUCGAGAAGAAACGCCAAGAAUCCAAACUCGCUCGAAAAGAUUUAGACAAGAAACCCAAAUACGUUAGUAAACUACUAGCAGCAGCCGAUAAGAGGAAAAGAGAACACGAACGAAGGAUCGAAAGACAAGUCCAAAGAGAGAGGGAAGAGGAAGGCGACGCUUUUAAAGAUAAAGAAUCGUUUGUAACUCCUUCUUAUAAGAAAAAAUUAGAAGAGAUGAAACUGCUUGAUGAACAGGAAAAAAGGGAGCAAUAUUUGGAAAGUAUCGGGGAUGUAAGGAAACAAGGCAAUCUGGAUGGAUUCUACAGACACUUGUAUGAUCAGAAGGUGAAUUUUGAGGAGACUCCAAUUAAAACUGAAGUAAUCGAGGAAAAUAAAGAGGACGAGAUUGAUCAAGAUAACAUUGAAGAUAAACCGAAAAAGUCGAUUAAAGAAAGAAAGUAUAGAUCAAAGAGGAAUUCGGAAGAUGCUAGUAACAGCGAAGAAGAGCCGGAAAUCAAAAUGGAACAUUUACCAUCCAAUUUAGAUGCCGAUUCUGAUUUUAGUAUAGAUUCUUCAGAUAGCGAAGAAGAAGGAAGUAAAGAAAAAACGGAUAAAGUUGAUGUUAAAAAGGAAGAAACUGCUACUAAAGAGCCUACAACAGAAACACCAAUUACAAACGAUGAGCCUGUCAAAACUGAUGAGAAUAUCGUAAAAAUAGAAAAAGUAGAAGAAGUUAAACCGAAAAUCAAGAAAUUAAAAACCGAUAUUUGGAAAAAACGGACAGUUGGAGAAAAAUUCGACGAGGCGCUGAAGAGGUACAUGGAAAGAAAAGCAUUAAGAGAAAUGGGUCAAUAAUUCUAUUAAUAAAAACAU